AUGUAUGCAGAGCUUAAGGAAUCUCUCAAGAAGGUUCAAGGAAAAUCACCCAUGUUAAGCAAAAGAACACAAAAAAAACCAGUCCCUAAUCAAGAUAUUCCAGGGGUGAUUGCACUAACAUUGUUUGAAGACUACAUCUACUGGACAGAUGGGAAAACCAAAUCACUCAGCCGUGCCCACAAAACCUCUGGAUCAGACAGACUAUCACUGAUUAACUCGUGGCAUACCAUAACAGACAUCCAGGUGUAUCAUUCUUACAGGCAACCCGAUGUGUCUAAACAUCUGUGUACGCUAAACAAUGGUGGUUGCAGUCAUUUAUGCCUUCUAGCCCCUAACAAGAUGUAUACUUGUGCCUGUCCCACUAAUUUUUACCUUGCUGCGGAUAACAAGACAUGCUUAUCAAACUGCACUGCCAGUCAGUUCCGUUGCAAAACUGACAAAUGUAUUCCGUUUUGGUGGAAAUGUGACACUGUCGAUGACUGUGGAGAUGGCUCUGACGAGCCUGAGGAUCAACAACUGGAAGUCAAUUAUGAUGAUGUUUUCGGCAUCCCAAAGGAUGGUUGCUGGGAUGCUGAAUUCAGAUGUCAGCCAGGACGUUUUCAGUGUGGAACUGGACUUUGUGCUCUGCCAGCCUUUAUCUGUGAUGGAGAGAACGAUUGUGGGGACAAUUCUGAUGAACUGAACUGUGACACACAUGUGUGUCUGUCAGGUCAGUUCAAAUGCACAAAGAAUCAGAAGUGUAUUCCAAUAAAUCUGAGAUGCAAUGGACAGGAUGACUGUGGUGAUGAAGAAGAUGAAAGAGACUGUCCUGAAAACAGUUGUUCUCCAGACCAUUUCCAGUGUAAAACAACAAAACACUGCAUUUCUAAACUGUGGGUAUGUGAUGAAGACCCAGAUUGUGCUGAUGGAUCAGAUGAAGCUAACUGUGAUAAAAAAACUUGUGGGCCUCAUGAAUUCCAGUGCAAAAACAACAACUGUAUUCCAGAUCAUUGGAGAUGUGACAGCCAAAACGAUUGUGGUGAUAAUUCUGAUGAAGAAAACUGUAAGCCUCAAACAUGCACUUUGAAAGACUUUCUUUGUGCAAAUGGAGACUGUGUUUCAGCAAGAUUCUGGUGUGAUGGAGACUAUGACUGUGCAGACGGCUCAGAUGAGAGGUAUUGUGAAACAGGCUGUUCAAGAGAUCAGUUCCAGUGUUCCAAUGGCCACUGCAUAUCAGCAAAAUGGAAAUGUGAUGGUCAUGAAGACUGCAAACUUGGGGAUGACGAGAAAAAUUGUGAACCAGCAUCUCCAACCUGCUCUCCAAGUGAGUACGUGUGUGCAAGUGGAGGCUGUAUUUCGGCAUCUUUGAAAUGUAAUGGAGAGUAUGACUGUGCUGAUGGAUCUGAUGAGAUGGAUUGUGUAACGGAAUGCAAAGAAGAUCAGUUUCGAUGCAAAAAUAAGGCCUACUGUAUCCCUGUCAGAUGGCUUUGUGAUGGGAUCCACGACUGUGUGGAUGGCAGUGACGAAGAAAACUGUGACCAAGGGGGAAAUAUAUGUAGAGCUGAUGAAUUUUUGUGCAACAAUUCCCUCUGCAAACUGCAUUUUUGGGUUUGUGAUGGCGAGAAUGACUGUGGGGAUAACUCUGAUGAAGUUGCUGAGAUGUGUGUAAAGUUUCCAUGCCCUCCAACAAGGCCGUACAGAUGUAGAAACAACAGGGUUUGUCUGCGACCUGAGCAGAUUUGCAAUGAGGUUGAUGACUGUGGUGAUAACUCGGAUGAAGAUCACUGUGAUAAAAUCACAUAUAAAGCAAGACCGUGUAAAAAAGAUGAGUUUGCUUGUAAUGAUAAGACAUGUAUUCCAAUGGAGCUACAGUGCGAUUGGUUUGAUGACUGUGGAGAUGGUUCAGAUGAGCAAGACUGCAAAAUAAGUGAGUUUGGCUGA